AUUUAAACUUAGACCGUUCAGGAGAUAUUUCCUGGGAAAUUCGAGGUAAGACACUUAUUUGCCAAAUAAACAAUCUAAAUGCCCCCCCCCUGCAGUUUAUUGCAUCCCUUGUCCUCAGUCUGCUUUGAAGAAAAAAUCCAAUUCUCUGCAAGUCAGCAUCUCUGUUCUGCAAGAAGCAAACGGUUCUCCGUCCCCGGGACUGAGAGGCACAGCGACGUCUGGAGCAUCAAGCCACCAGAUUUCUCUCUUAAACUCUACAGCUCUCUGUCAGUUCCUCAGAAGGACGAAAGAAAGACUCAUUUGAAUCUAGCUUUAACUAAAUCAAGUGAAACGAAGAGGAGAACUGGAACAUUUCUACCACGUGUUUUACAUGAGAGUUGCCGGAGGGAAGAGUCUCCAAAGUUCAUCACAUCAUACAGGCCUCCAGAUUCUCUGGAAUCCGAGCUGAUGUUUGUUAAGACUGGGAAGUAUCUUUCCGGGUCUUACAAGAACCCCACACCACAUAACUUCAGACCACUCAAUGAGGAACUUCCAGACAUCGUUACAACCUACGAGAGAGAUGCUGGUAACCUGAAGUUAAAGUUAAAGCACUUGGACAUUAUUCGGACCAUUUCCCCCAGACACGGAUCAGAGUCAGAUUUAAGUUCAAGGGACACAAAGACAAGGAUGGACAUGUUUAAACCUGCAGAGCCCAGAUGGGAUGCGGGGCUCAUACUCCCUCAGCUGCUCUGGCCUCCAAAAUCAGCGUCCUUUACUAGACACAGACGAAGAAGAGGAGCGUACAGCGCAUUCUUGGACCGCGUGGAGGAGAAACUCUCGAGAUCAUGGGAAAAUAGAUCAUGACUAAAAACAUGAGCUAAUUUGGCUUUCUUAAAAUGGUACAUAAUUAUAACAUUUAAACAAACGUUUAGAUGUUUGUGAACACAGCAAAAAAACUGUGCUUUAGGAAACAAAUAAGACAAAUAUAAAAUGUCAAUUAUCAUGCAUGUUUUAGUCCAUUCACUACAAUUCAGAUCUAUGUUAUA